AUGACUGCCAUCACCCGGCGCGAUGCAGAUAUAGAUCCCCUCACGGCGGCCAUGGCACCGCCACCAAACGAGAGUGAGGAAGACCGCCAAGCGCGUCUGGCCGCUGAGCACGCCGCCAAAGUACGCUCGGACGCCAUCGAUGAGGAGCUCAAUCGACAACGGCAAGCAGAGAAGAGAGCGCCAAAGCAGGUUAAAGUUCUGUUGCUUGGGCAGAGUGAAUCAGGCAAAUCGACAACGUUGAAAAAUUUUCAGCUCAUGCAUUCCCCAAAAGCAUUCCGAGCGGAACGUGCUCUUUGGAAAGCCGUUAUCCAGCUCAACAUCGUGCGAUCUAUCCGCUUGAUUCUUGAUUCCAUGACAGAAGCCCAAGAGGCCCACUCGUCCCCCGCCCCAUCAACCUACAGCACGUCAAGCAGCUCUCGGCCCGCGUCACCGCUCGUCGAGAAGGAGUACCCCCGGUUAUCCCCAGAUCUACUCAAACUCAAGAUGCGACUAUCUCCACUCCUCUCUGUCGAGGAAGCUUUGACGCGGACGCUCGCACCCUCGGGCUCAAGUGAGCUCGAAGCAACACGACUCAUCCCCUUGCGAUACUCCAGCCGCUCGAACACGCCCCCGAAGGAACCAUCGGUUUACGCUGGGGCACUCUGGAAAGGUGCACUUGGGCGUCUAAUGAGCAGCGACAAAGGUAGUGACGUCGACGACCGUGAAGAAGUCGUGUGGGAUGAUCCCAAGGACCCGGGGCUGGUAUUGCAUGCCUGCGCGGCUGAUAUGACCCAGUUAUGGAACGAUCCGACGGUGCGAAAACUGCUAGAAGUACAGAGACUCCGACUAGAAGAGAUGGCGGGAUUCUUCUUGGACUCCCUCGACCGUGUCACUGCACCCAAAUACGUGCCAUCAGAUGAUGAUAUCCUGCGAGCUCGACUGAAGACCCUCGGCGUAUCAGAACACCGGUUUAAAUUGAAGACAGCUGCCUGGGUACCUUACUUUGACGACGUAGAGGCCAUCAUCUUCCUCGCCCCCAUAAGUUGCUUCGACCAAGUACUGCAAGAAGACCCAUCUGUUAAUCGUCUAGAAGACUCUAUCCUACUAUGGAAAGCUAUCGUAUCAAACCCUUUACUAAAACACACAAGCAUGAUAUUAUUCCUUAAUAAAUGCGACAUAAUGAGAGCGAAACUGGCCUCUGGAAUACAGUUUUCGAAAUACGUAAUUUCGUAUGGGGAUAGGCCGAACAAUUUUGAGACUGCGUCUAACUAUCUGCGCAAGAAGUUCUCUGGCAUCCAGAAGCAGUGUUCCCCGAAGCCAAGAUCGUACUAUUGCCAUUUCACCUCUGUUAUCGACACUUCAUCUACCCUUCAUAUCUUGCAAAAUGUUCAAGAUGUUCUACUGCGUAGCAACCUUGAACAGAGUUCCCUCGUCUGA